UUUGCUGUGCAGGAAACUCUCGGCCCAACAUCACUUGGACCGAGUUCAGUCUUCAGCCACAUCUCAGGACCUUCGGCAAGGUCCCAUUGUUUUUUUCACCCGAAACAGGUUGUAUUUUUUUUAAUGAAUAUUAUUUUUUAUUUUAAUGCACUAUUUUAAUCAAUAUUAGUCCUUUAUACGAAGUAUAUUAAUUUAAACAUAUAUGGUCAUUUAGAUAUCAUAGUCGUUAAAACCAUCUUAACUAAGUCUAAUGUACACCUUUCAAAAAUUUCAUAAUUUAUACUUGUUUGACAUGGUCUAAAUAAGACAAAAAGGAAAUAAGAAAACGAAAAGUAGAAAGAAUAUAGGAGUAUAAUAUAUGUAUGCAUUAUUGUCAAAAACCAUAUUUGAAACUAUAUCACACCAUCAAUAAUCAAUUCAAUACAUUUAUACAUGCAAUAAAUGAUGUGACGCACCACUUGUAAGAAUUUGCAUGAAAAACUUGUUACGUGUGUUAAGAUAUUACUGUAAUAUUUUUCAUAAUUUAAGAAUCAUAACUUUGUCAUCGACAAAUAUAUAAGCUAUGUAUGCCACAAUACAACUUCAUCAUCCGAUUAUAAACGAAAUAAAAAAAAAAAAAAAAAAAAACAUGAAGGAAACACAGUUGAAAGUAUUGAUGCAUCCAUGGUUAGCCAUGGGUCAUUUUAUUCCAUAUCUUCAUCUUGCUAACAAAUAUGCCGAGAGAGGCCACAUUGUCACUCUAUUGCUCCCAAACAAGGCAAAAAAUUUGUUACAAUCUAAAAAUUUACAUCCAUCCUUUAUAACCUUACAUACAAUCACCAUUCCCCAUGUUCAUCCACUCCCUCCGGGCACGGAAACCGCCUCGGAUAUUCCCUUCCACCUCCAAACCCACCUCGCCACUGCUUUAGACCUCACUCGAGUUGAGUUUGAGUCUAUACUUGUUAGUUUUCAACCUAACCUCGUCGUUUACGACUUUACCUAUUGGGUCCCAGAGGCAGUUGCUGCCUCUGGGUCCCAGGCCAAGUGUGUGGCCUACUCUAUAGUUUCUGCUGUGGCCAUGGCCUUUACUAUGGUCCCAUCUAGGGACCCACCAAAGGACAAGGCUGUGGUCGAGGAGGAUGCCUGUGUUGCAAAUGCACCACCAGGCUACCCUUCGUCCACAGUCAUCAUAGACCCAAGGACGAUGAUUCGUUCAUUGCAUGUACCAUUUGGCGAGGGGGUGACCUUCUACGAGCGGAUCACCACCUCGCUUAGGUGUAGCGACGCAAUCGCUAUCAAAACAUGCCGAGAGAUAGAAGGCAAGUAUUGUGACUUCUUAUCUAAGCAGUUCAAUAAGCCAAUCCUCCUCUCGGGCCUAGAUCUUCCUAAGCCCAAUGGGCCCAGUGAAACAAUUCUAGAGGCCCAUUGGACAGAUUGGCUAAGCCAAUUCUCACCAAGAUCAGUAGUGUUUUGUGUUUUUGGAAGUCAAGUUAUACUCGAUGUGGCCCAAUUUCAAGAGCUCCUACUCGGGUUUGAAAUGACAAAUUUACCCUUUUUAGUUGCGUUCAAGCCCCCCACGGGUUAUGCAACCGUGGAGGAGGCAUUCCCCGAGGGGUUUGGAAGGAGGGUAGGUGAUCGAGGGGUGGUGACGGGCGAGUGGGUGCAACAGCCACAAAUACUAGCACACCCAUCGGUCGGAUGCUUUGUGAGCCAUUGUGGAUCAGGGAGUAUAUGGGAAUGUAUGAUGAGUAAAAAUCAGAUAGUGUUAAUGCCGCAACUACACGAACAAUUCUUAUUUACAAAAAUAUUUACAACUGAGUUGAAAGUGGCUGUGGAAGUAGAACGAGGAGAGGAUGGAAUGUGGGUGUCAAGGGAGAGUUUGAGUAAAGCAAUUAAAUCUGUGAUGGGUGAAAAUAGUGAGAUUAGUGGUUUGGUUAAGAAAAACCAUGAAAUUUGGAGACAAAAAUUAGCUCAACCUGUAUUAAUGAGUGGUUACUUUGACAAAUUUGUUAAGGAUUUGCAAGUUCUCGUGAGUAAUAAUGUAGUCUGAUAUGAAAGUUGGUAGUUGUUCCUCAUAGAUUUGUCUCCUUUGCCAUUGGGUUAGUGUCUUCAAGUUGAAUUCGCAAUCAUUGUUUAGUACGUAAUUUAUUUAUUUGUUUUGUACGUAAUUUAUUUAUUUUCUAGUCUUCAAGCUCUCUAGCUAAUUUUUAUUUUGACAAUGAAAAAUAAAGAUGGGGCAAUUUAUAAUGGAUGGCCGGAAGGAGCAAGAAACAACCAAGUCAUUUGUUUUUUAGCAAGGAAAUUAGUGUAUCAAUGUUUUUAAUAAAUUAAAAUGUAAAAAUAUGUUUCAUAAAUGGUCAAAUAGUAUUUUAAUAUAGAGUGGAGGGAGUAUAUGUGAAGAAUUUGAAGUUUAUAAAUUGCUAAUUUCUUAUGCUGCCAAGAGUCAAGACAAUUAUUAUUAUUGCGGACUGCGAAGUAAUAUGUUCAAUUCCUACAAACGAUACAAGUAAUUCCCUUGAAAAUGCUAAACAAUGUCUUUGAAAGAUAUUUACCCAAGAGUAAUGUUAUGUUCAUCCAAACAUCAUAAAAGAGAUUGAGGUAUAACUCAACUGGUUAGAGCUCCCCUCUCAAUUUAAGAGAUUUUGAAAUAGCCCUGUCGCUCACUCAACCAAAAAAAAAAAAAAAAAAAAACCUUUCAUAAAAGGCUAGACAAAUAUCCUCAUGAUAUUUUCCAACAGAUGCACCCCAUGUAAUCACUAGGCGUAAUGUUAAAAUUAAUAAUUACAAUUAGGCAAACUUGUUAAAAAAAAAAAACCUUUUAAAUGCCUCAUUUUGCAAGAAAAAACUUUUUAAACGAUUUUUGUUAAAAAAAAGAACCAUCAUGAUCAAUUUUUUUUGUCUACAGAAACCUCCCCCUCUUUUCCGGCAUUGACUAUAACUUUUCGGCGUUGACCUCUUAGUUUCCGGCAUUUUAGUUUAUUCAUCAGAAACAAAAAAAUCAUAUGUUACACGGGACUUCAAACUAGUUAUAGCUAUGUAAAAUAGCUAUAUGUGUUGUUUAAAAAGAUUAUAAAAGAGUAUCAAUUAGUCCUAAUAAUUGAAACGAAUUGAAGCCUGGUCAAUCACUUGAACAAAUACACAAUACUCCCUUUGCUUUUUUUAUUUUUUGGGUAACAAUUUGACUUUUUCUAGUAUAUGUUAAUUUGACGACUUUAACUUGUAUCUUUAACUAAUAUAAAUUUUUUU